CCCGCCCCCCGCUGGCCGGCGCGGCUCCCGUGCGGAGGGCUCCGCCGGGCUCCGCCGCCUCCGGGGAGGCCUCCCCUGCUACAGCACCACGGAGCCGGGCACAGCCCGGCGCCCGCCGUAGGGACCGAUGGCCGCCAAGUCGGUGCUGAGCCUGGUGACCUUCACGUGCGGGUCGGCGGUGGGCUUCGUCCUGUGCUCCCUGCUGCUGAGCGUCGUGCUGGAGGAGCGUCUCCACGGCCGGCCCCACGUCCUGCACAACGACCCCCACGGCCGCCACGCCGACGACCACCAGCCCGGCCCCGGCCCCGUCCUCGCCCAGAUGGACUUCAACGCCGACGCCGCGCAGCACCAAGACGAGGACACGGCGGUGGCCGCCGACCUGUACGAGAAGGUGAAGGUCCUCUGCUGGGUGAUGACCGGCCCGCAGAACCUGGAGAAGAAGGCCAAGCACGUCAAGGCCACCUGGGCCCGGCGCUGCAACCGGGUGCUGUUCAUGAGCUCGGAGGCGGACGCGGACUUCCCGGCCGUGGGCCUGGAGACCAAAGAGGGCCGCGACCAGCUGUACUGGAAGACCAUCCGGGCCUUCCAGUACGUCCACGACCGCCACCUGGCCCAGGCGGACUGGUUCCUCAAGGCGGACGACGACACCUACGUGGUGCUGGACAACCUGCGGCGGCUGCUGGCCCGGCACGACCCCGAGCGGCCCCUCUACUUCGGCCGCCGCUUCAAGCCCUACGUGAAGCAGGGCUACAUGAGCGGGGGCGCCGGCUACGUGCUGAGCCGCGAGGCCCUGAGGCGUUUCGUGGACGCCUUCCGCACCAACAAGUGCACCCACAGCUCCUCCAUCGAAGACCUGGCGCUGGGCAAGUGCCUGGAGGCCCUGGACGUGCGGGCCGGCGACUCGCGGGACGGCAGCGGCAGGGAGACCUUCCACCCCUUCGUGCCCGAGCACCACCUCAUCAGAGGCUACCUGCCCAAGACCUUCUGGUACUGGAACUACAACUAUUACCCGGCCGUCGAGGGUCCCGGGUGCUGUUCGGAUCUGGCCAUCUCGUUCCACUACGUCGACCCCACCACGAUGUACCAGCUGGAGUAUCUGACCUACCACCUCCGACCCUACGGCUACAGGCGGCCCUCUCCUGGAAGGGGACUGGGGAGGCGGGGGUCUUCCUGCCUGGGUCCCAGCUGCCCCCCAAAGCUGCUCCUAGCUUCCCAGGGCAGAUUCGACAAAGACCCCGCAGCUCGGGACCACCGGGGGAAGGCGGGGUCCGCUCGGAUUCCGGAGACGGUCGCCCCGGGCCGCCCCCCGCACGCCGAAGGCUCGCCUCGCCCGACCCACGCCCGUCCGGCCGGUCGGCUCGUUCCCGACGGAGAAACCGGUCCCGCCACCGGCGGGCCGUGCCGGACGCGAGCCCGGCCCCGUCCCUCCCGUCGAGCUGGUCCCGCGUUCAAGUCCCGCCCCGUCCUCGGCCGCCUUCCGCCUCGACGGAGACCCCCGCGUUCGAUCUCGCCACGAACGUUUGAGGCUGGGGGUUUGAAAGGUCUGCGAACCGAAAGCCCGGGGGCGGGGAAUUUGUGGAUUUUAAGAGAACGCCUUUGAAGUGCCUUUUGAACAGUUUUCUUUUGGCGGUGGAGAACUGCGGCAAAAUAAAUACACGGCCGUACCCAAGACCCGAA